AUGGCUCGGCUCGGCAUUCGGGAUGCUCGCGAAUUUGAGGCGCCGAAUCUGAGCAACUCGGAUUUCGCGGGCCGGGCCCGCCGGAUUUAUAACGAGAUGAAGUCUAAAGGAUUGACCAUGAUGGUUUUACUAGCCCAAGAAACCGCCCUUGUUUUGGCCGAACAUCCAGUUGUGAACUUUAUAGCUAGAGAGAUUGUUGUAGCCACUGAUGGUGGGUUAAUUACACCCGUCCUUCAAGAUGCUAAAUUGACAUAUAAUCGUCAUCGAGAUAUUGGAAGGAAUUGGUUGAUAAGGCACGAUCAAAGCAGCUCCAACCUAAUGAGUCCAAUACAUGAAAUGAUGCUAGCAGUGCCAAAAAUUAGG